AUGCCGACUGUCGAAGCACCCAAGAAGCACGCGCCCAUGGAGAUGGCGGCGUCUGUUGGCGCCGAGGAGCAGCGGCCGCAGAUCAUUGCCCAGCAGCCUUCCAUGGAGCCUCGCCCUGACGCUGAGCCGCAAAUGUCGCUCCGUGGUGGUGGCUUCAGCCUGGGAUGUGAUUGCUGCGACGGCUCAUGCCGCUUCCAUAAGCACUGCUGCUAA